UGAAACAUGUUGAAGGGUUUGUUACUUUGCUUUGUUUUUGUUGAUGGAAUCUAGUAACACCUAGGUCUAUAUAUAUUUGGAAUAUUUGAAGGAAGCAUAAGAUGAAGAUGCACGCUCCUUUGAAAUCUAAAGGAAUGUCUGCUAGGACAAACAGUCAACAUGUGGUUUUUGAGCUAAAACAGCGAGUUAUUCUCGCAUUAAAUAAGAUUUCUGAUAGGGAUACCUAUGAGAUUGGGGUUGAGGAGCUAGGGAGAAUAAUAGAGAGUUUAACUCCAGAUGGGAUUGCACCAUUUCUGUCUUGCAUUUUAGAUACUGAUUCUGAGCAAAAGAUCGCCGUUCGUAAGGAAUGUAUUAAGUUAAUGGGUAUGAUCACAACUUUCCACUAUGAUCUCAUUGCACCCCAUUUAGGCAAAAUGGUUGCUAGUAUAGUUAAACGACUCAAGGAUCCAGAUUCUGUUGUAAGAAAUGCGUGUAUCGAAACUAUGGGUAUUCUGGCUUCCAAGUUUACCACUACUGACAAUGAAAACGAGGGAGGUUUUGUAGUAUUAGUGAGACCUCUUUUUGAAGCAUUAGGCGAACAAAAUAAACAUGUGCAGUUUGGCUCAGCAUUGUGUCUAUCUCGGGUAAUUGAUAAUACAAAUGACCCUCCAUUGCCUAUUCUGCAACGCAUGUUGACAAGGACUACAAAGAUGCUGAAGAAUCCACACUUUAUGGCAAAGCCAGCCAUGAUUGAGUUAAAUAGAAGUAUCAUCCAGGCUGGGGGGGCUUCAACACAAAGUAUGUUAACAGCAGCAAUGGCUAGUAUUCAAGAAGCUCUUAAGAAUAGUGAUUGGAGAACUCGGAAAGCUGCUUCUGAAGCUUUGGCGGAAAUUGCUUCCAGCAAUGGCUCAUAUUCUGCUUCUCUUAAAUCAUCUUGCAUUCGUUCACUUGAAAUAUGUCGAUUUGAUAAGGUAAAACCUGUUAGGGACACAGUACUUCAGGCCCUACAGCUCUGGAAAAGUCUUCUAGGAACUGAUGCAUCUGAACUAUCAGAAGCUGGAUCUUCUAUUAAAGGUGACUACAAUGACAUUCCUAGUAAUUCUGAAUCUACAUCAAUUAGAAAAAGGGUUCCUCUGUCAGUUAGAAAAACUGGUCAUAGUUAUGUGGAAAGUCCUCAGCAUUCUAAAGCAAAUGAUUGGCACGUAGAAGUCAGUGUCCCAAAAAAGUGUAAUCUCUCUUUAGCAUACACUCAUGAUGAAGAAUCUGAGGGAAGUUGUGUCACAAAAACAUUUGAACGAACUAGAUCUGAUAUCACAUCGACUCAAGAUAUCGGGUAUGAAUUUGUGCCAUUGGAUGACAAACAGGAGUGCUCUUCCGCAUCCAAUAUUAAUAUGGUCGCGAUGACCGGGGGCUCUCAUGUGAAGGGUGAAAUGGCAAAACCAAAGGUAGUCAAUCAGUUCCAGGUGGAAGAAGAAAUGAGUACCGAAGAACAGAGGUACUUUGCAAAGGAUCAGGAUCGUAGAAGCCUGGAGUCAACUGUCACAGAAUCAAGCUGUCAAGUUAUGCAUGAGCAGCAUAGCUGUUGUAAGCAAACAGGAAAAGAUAUGGCUUGCAUUCAAGAAAAGCUUUUAGAAAUAGAAAUCAAACAGUCAAAUCUCUUAGAUCUAUUGCAGGUGUUCGCUACAAAGACAAUGGAUAGCUUGUCCAUGAUACAACAAAAGGUCUCAACUUUAGAAGAUGUAGUGGAUCAAAUGGCAGAAAACAUUAAUCAUGGAGGAAGACAUUCUGAACCAACUUCCAGAUUUCUAAAAAAGAAUUCCACUACUCUUUCUCCUAGACUCUCAACUUGCACUCCAAGAUCGUCAGUGGAUACACGUGGUAGACAAUCUCCGUUGCAGCCAGUGAGAAAAUCUGAUUCUUGGGAAGACUCCACAUUUACUAGGAGCAAAACUGGUGGCGGUACUGGUGGUGUAGAAUCUUGGAUGGAUCCUAUGGGGAAGUCAAGUAGACACCCUGCAGGAAAGGGCACACAGAAGGGUAGCACCGGGGUGGGAAACCAUAGGGGUCUGAACAGAAAUGGUGGUGGUGGAUUUGGUCCAACUUCUUUUGCUAAUCUCAGGCAUAAUAGUUUAGAAGCUGAGCAUAGCUUCUUCAAACUUAUAAAAGGCUACUUAUCACAAGGAGACCUUGACUCUGCAUAUGUUGAAGCUUUGAAUUCUGGUGACGAAGAUGUUCUGGUUGACCUUCUUGAUAAAACGGGGCCGGUUUUGGAAAGUUUGUCAAAUAGAACUGCAAAUGAUAUUCUUAGCACUUUGGCUUCUUUCUUGUCUGAACAACAGUUCAUGGGUUCUAUAAUCCCUUGGUUGCAGCAGGCGGUGGACUUAACUAGUGGCCAUGGACCUAAACAUCUUGUACUCACUGCAAAAGCCAGGAGGCAAUUCCUGGGGGCGAUUCAAGAAGUUGUAAACAUGGAGUUCCCAAAUGCCACAGAAAGGAGAUCUAUCACGCAGUUGGUAUCAAGACUACAUCAAGUUUGGGGAAAAUGCUCCUGAAGUCCUGCAACAUGACAUAUGGUGUUGAUUACAGAACAGUUGAUUGUCUUUUGAAGUUAAAGUUUGAGUUCUUUUAUUAGUAGGUUGAUUACAACUUUAAGGCAAAUCUGCAACAUGACAUAUGGUGUUUUUUUCAAAAGUGUAGCAGAGAAGUUUAUUUUAUUUGCAGAACACUAGUUCUCUUUGUAUAACAGGCUAGACCUGUCACCUGUGUUUACGACCAUAUGUUGACAAGAAUUCAUCUAAUUUAAA